AUGUCCGCGUUCGCCAUGACCGGCGCCGCCGCCCCCGCGAAGAUCGCGGCCAAGUACAACCUCGGCCGUAACUCCAAGGCGCUCAACGCGAAGGCCACCCUUCGCGCGGCGCGCCCCGCGUCCAUGAGGGUCCAGGCCUCCGCCACCCCCACCAGCCUGACCAUCACCCCCGGCGACCCCUCCAACUACACCCUCGCCAUCCUCGGCGACCUCCACAUGGACCCGCGCGACACCGAGCACUCUUACGAGGGCCGCGAUCACAUCAAGAAGAUCCUCGACGAGUCCCCCAACCCCUUCCUCGUCUCCCUCGGCGACCUCGGCGAGUCCAAGGACGUCAACGAGUCCAAGCAGCUCUUCGCCGGCACCACCGACUGCUUCAAGAUGGUGCGCGAGUUCCUCGACGGCUUCGGCCACAAGUACGACAUCGUCGGCGGCAACCACGACCUCGAGGGCAUCGACGAGUUCGCCACCGACGCCGAGAACCUCGAGGCGUACCUCAAGUACAUGGGCAAGGAGACCCCGCAGUUCUGCUACGAGGUCGCACCCAAGACUCUCAUCGUCGGACUCGGGUCCACGCAGUUCAGGGACGCGCAGUACACCUCGCAUGAGGUGGCCAUCGACCAGGAGCAGCUCGACUGGUUCGUGAAGACCAUCGAGGAGCACCCCUUCGAGGACGGCUGGCAGAUCUUCUGCUUCUCGCACGCCCCCAUCAUCGGCUCCGGCCUCCGCGUCCUCCAGGAGUGCCACGUCGUCAACGGGUGCUGCUGGCUCAACCACAACGACAAGCGAAACUCCAAGCUCUUCAUCGAGACGGUGCGCAAGAGCCCCCAGAUCAAGGGCUGGUUCUCCGCGCACUUCCACCUCUCGCACGACUACGAGGACUCCAUCACCUUCCCCGGCGGUAACAACCGCGGCUCCUGCGUCUUCGCCCAGACCGGCGUGAUGACCGCCCGCUCUUCCCGCGAUGGUCGCCGCCAGUCGCGCCUCGUCCGCGGAAACUCCCAGGGCUUCGAGGUGUGCACCGUCGACCACAGCAAGGGCGGCGUCGUCCGCCUGGACGCCACCGUCAUGUUCUCCGACGAGUGCGAGGUCAACCUCGACGAUCCCACCCCCGCGGACGAGCAGGACAUCCGCGGGUGCUCCGUCAUGACCUUCGCGCACGAGCACGAGGACUACGACCACGACCUCUGGUUCUCUGCGUACGUGCCCAAGGAAGACGACGGUUGCCGCGUGAACGAGCCGUGCGCCUCCGGAACCCUCGGCGUCGUGGAGGGCGACUUUUCCUCCAGGGACCCGGUCAAGUGGUGGUACAUGAAGGACGGCGCCGUGCUCGGCGGCCACAACGGCAUGAUCAUCGAGUACGAUCCCUCCACGCUGGCGCCGCUCGGCAUGGUGGUCUCCCGCGACGAGCUGGAGAACCGCCGCGUGGCGGUGAUCGACGACGAGUGGGGUGGCGACUGCCUGUGCCUGUUCGACGACGAGACCGGCGACGUGACCGUGGUGCAGCCCAACGAGGACGGUUCCUACUGGCGCAAGGUUGUCCGCAACAAGAUGUACCGCAUGAAGGAGAUGCGCCGCGUCAAGGCGGCCAAGAACUACUUCCAGAAGAUGAAGGGCGAGGAGGUCGAGCUCAACGUGCUCUCCUCCUACGGCCCUUACACCGGCACCGCCGGACAGGUCAUGGGCAUCUCCACCCGCGCCAUCAACCCCAAGGCGGUCGUUAAGAACUAAGCGCGACGAGAGCAUGUUCAACGAGUAGCACUACACCGAUGUUUCAAUAACAGAUUUUUUAACCCUUC